UGGCGAAUUGUUACUAGAAAUGAAGUGAAAUAUUUUAUUGUUUCAUCAAGGCUGCAGCGUAUUUCAAGAUGAAACUUAUUCUGGUUCCUGUUGAUGAAAAAACAAGGAAAUGUAAUCUUCGAGCUAUGAGACGAGCUAUUACGAAAAAUACGGUUUUGGUGAGUUAUAUACGCGUAAAAAUCUCACAACUUGUCAACAAGAUGUGUUCGCACUGCUUGUUCCUAGUUGUUGACAAGCCUAGAACAAGUUGUUAUCCCCUUGUAACAAGGUUGAUGAGGCCAACAGACUCGCAACAAAUUGUUCCAACAAGUCUGAUAUCGUCUGCAUGUAACAAGUUGUUACCAAGUUGAUGACAACACGCUCGUGGCAACUUGUUACGCAACGUGUUAGUCUUGUUGGAAAAAAAGUCUGUUACCGUCAUCAACCUUGUGACAAGGUGAUAACAACUUGUUCUAGACUUGUCACAACAGCUGGGAACAAGCAGUGCGAAGACAUUCUGAUAUCAGCUUGUCAACAACCUUGUUGCAACUUGUCUGCAUAUCUGUAACAACUUGCGUGGUUUACGUGAGUAGUACACGCACAAGUUGUUACAGAUCUGAAAAUAAGUUGUUACAAAUCUGUUCACAAGCUGUCGACAAGUUGUCAUUGCACUACUUGUUCCAAGUUGUUGUAACAAGUUUGGAACAAACUGUUAACAACUUGUAACAAGCUUGAUGGCAUUAUCAGACUUGUUACAAGGUUGUUCUAACAAGUUUCGUACAGUCAUGAUUUUACAAGAUUGUCACAAGGUUGACGGCACAAGGUUGUAACAAUAUUGUUAUAUCAUGACUGUGUCGGACUUGUUGGAACAACCUUGCAACAAGUCUGAUAAUAUCAACAAGGUUGUUAUACAAGUUGUUAACAGCUUGUUCCAAACUUGUUUACAACUUGGGACAAUCAGUGCGAACACAAUGAGUUGCUGGCGGCUUGUUGGUAGACUUGCUGCAAGAUGUGAGAUUUUUGCGCCUGUAAGCCUUCGUAUUGUAUAAUUUUGGUAUAGUUUUGUCAUGAGAAAUUCAUUAUUUUGUAGUUGGUUGGUUCAUGCCCAUCGUAUCCUCAUGGUAUCAUCGAUCCCAUUGAAGAAAUUGCUAAGGUAUUUAUCUUUGAAACAAUUAUUUAUUUCAUGCAUUAGUAGUAUAGGUAUUAGGAUGGUUUCGAGUGCAAUUUGGAUAAAACAUGCACGAGUGAAUUUUUCAAAGGGCACCAAAAUAGCACGAGUCCGAAGGACGAGUAUUAUGACUCCGAAAUGCAAAUGAGUCCGAUCGGAUUGGUGUCGGAUCGGAUUUGCACAUCUCUAGUAUGCAGAUCCCGUAGUUUAUUUCAAUCCCCAUUCAUUAUGUCGAUUUUUAUACAGUGUAGGAAAUAGAAAUUUUCGUUUUUUCUUUCAGCUUGGUAAAAAAUACAAUAUUGGCGUUCAUGUUGAUUGCUGUUUGGGUGGAUUUCUUGUCCCGUUUAUGAAAGAUGCUGGGUAAUAACUAUUAAAAUGUAGCUAACAAGGUGUUUCCCCGCCAGAAAUGCAGCUACAGUAUUGCCUUGCAUGAUUCUUGUAAUGAAUUUAUAACAAACCAUCGAAAGUUGUAAGCAUUUUUAUUCUUUUUGGUACUGGAUAGCUCCAUCAAUUCUAAUCUGUUCUUCCUAUAGAGAUCCAGUAAGAAUCAGCUCUCAUUGAUCCAGUGUUGCUACAGGAAGAAACCUAAACUGAACUAACUUUAUUUUAUACUGUAUAGCUUUAUCAGUUUUUUUUAGUAAUUUUAAUCAUUUUUAGUUUUCCAUUGGCGCCAUUUGACUUCUCAGUGGAAGGCGUAACCAGUAUUUCUGCUGACACCCACAAAGUAUUUGGCAAAUUUAACAUUUCUGAGUAUUUAAUGAAGUAUAUGACUGUAAGAUUGGCACUGUUAUUAAACACUGUUUGAUUAUUUUUUAAAUAUUACAGUACGGCUACGCUCCUAAGAGAUCUUCGGUCAUUCUAUAUCGUUCGCACGAAUUACGUCAUCACCAGUUCUUUGUUUCCACGGAUUGGACGGGAGGGAUCUACGCAUGUCCGACAAUCCCAGGCAGUCGUUCUGGUGGGAUUAUUGCUGGCUGUUGGACUGCUAUGAUGUAUAUGGGUGAAGAAGGUUAGUACAAUAGAUAUAAUCUCAAACAGACCGUUCCAGUGUAGUUAGUUGCAAAUAAUACGAAAGCUUUAGGAUGUCUCUUGCGGCUAUCGUUGCUUCCAAAAAUGGGACAGAAGGCUUUAAUUUUCACAUCUGAAACACUGCGAUUGGCACUGAUUGCUACUAUUAAAAUGUCUGGCAACAGGUUGGUUAGCACCGUUGCCAAUGACUGCAGGCCGAUCGAUGCUCACCAAACCUUGUAAUCAAAGAUCUUCCAGUUUCCCCAAUAUGAGAUGCUGUAGAUGAGAUGGGAGGAGGUAUAGCAAAAUCUAUAAACGAACAGGUUUUAAAUUGGGGCACCCGACAAGGAAACGUGCUAUUCUGUGACGACGAACUAAGGUUUUGUGGAUAUUGUUUCAGGGUUGUUUUUUAGGAUAUGGAAAUACCAAAUUUGGAGAUGUCGGAGGAAUUUCCAUAUCUUAAAAAUACGAUACUGUUCUCCUUGUAUUUUUAAUGUAGCUGUAUCCCUAUCAAUUCGAAGCUUUCUAGUACAAUAGAUCCCUUCAUUUUGAUCCAGUCCUCAUCUUCGCCUGGGGUAUGAUCAAAUUGCGCUGACUUGAAAUCUAGCCCAGUCCUCAUAGUCGGAUUUGAAAUAUUACUUCAUCUUUCACGCAACUCUUGUUUUCGUUUGACCUGGACCACGAGAGUUGAGAAAACUCUCAUGCAAACUUUCGCUUCUAAACUCUCAUCAAUUCUCUAUUGUAUGAAAGAUAUAUUUUAUUGUUUAAUGAUUUCAGGCUAUGUUGAUUGUACUAGAACGAUUAUUGAAACUCGUCAGUACAUCGAGGAAGGGUGA